CAAUUAGGUCGCACACAAUCAGCCAGACAGAGUUAGCGAUCUCUCUCUCUCUCUCUCACAAACUCACACACACCGACUGGCGAUCUGCAAAUUUUUCCGGCGAUCUUCACUUCCAAUCUAAAUCCAAGAUCCAAUUAUCCAAACCUUAGGUUAAAAAAAAAAAAGCUUGAAAUUUUACUGUGUGUCAGAGAGAGAAAGGAAAGUAUGGCAGAUAGCAGCAGGGAAAUUGAUGACCGAGUCGAUUUCGAAGACGAUAAUUCCGAAGAAGAGGAGGAAGAAAUGGACGAUGAAGAAGAAGAAGAAGAGGAGCAGUUAGAUGAUGGUGAUGAGAAGAAGGAUGGCGUUGGAAAGGAUUCGGAAGACGACGAAAAGGACAAGAAGGGGGAAGAGGAUGUUGUUGGUGAAGAUAGUAAGAAGAAGAAUGUAGGAGGGAAGCAUGGCGAGUUACUCGCGCUUCCGCCUCAUGGUUCGGAGAUUUUUAUCGGUGGGCUUACGAGGGAAGUUGUCGAGGAAGAUUUGAGGGACCUUUGUGAACCGUUUGGUGAAGUCGUUGAGGUCAAGUUGGUGAAAAAUAGGGACACCAAUGAAAGUAAGGGUUUUGCUUUUGUGGCAUACAGAACUAAAGAUGUUGCUCAAGAAGCCAUCAAAGAGCUUCAUAACAAAGAAUAUAAGGGUAGGACCUUGAGGUGUUCACUUUCUGAAACUAAAUACCGUCUAUUUAUUGGUAAUGUUCCUAAGGAAUGGACUGAGGCCGAGUUCAAAAAACUAAUUGACGAGACCGGUCCAGGUGCAGAACUUGUGGAGCUCAUAAAGGAUCCUCAAAACCCAUCACGUAAUCGUGGCUUUGCUUUUGUUGAGUAUUACAACAAUGCUUGUGCCGAUUAUUCAAGACAAAAGUUAGCUAGUGCGACUUUUAAGUUUGAUGGCAAUGCACCAACUGUUACUUGGGCUGAUCCUAAAAUUACACCUGAUCAUUCUGCUGCUGCUUCUCAGGUAAAGGCACUGUAUCUGAAGAACAUACCUGAAAACACUUCAACAGAACAGCUCAAGGAACUAUUUCAGCGCCAUGGAGAAGUCACCAAAGUUGUAAUGCCACCUGCAAAAGCAGGCGGUAAGCGAGACUUCGGGUUUGUUCAUUAUGCGGAAAGGUCGAGUGCUUUGAAGGCUGUCAAAGAAUCAGAAACGUAUGAAGUUAAUGGCAAGUUUUUGGAAGUGGUACUUGCAAAACCUCAGAACGAGAGAAAAACUGAUGGGACUAUUCCUCACCAUGCAGUGCCUCAACCAAAUUACAUCCCUCAUGCUGUUUAUGGUGGCUUCGCAGCAAAUCCGUAUGCGGCCACUGUUGCUGCACCAAGAUAUGGUGUUACCCCUUCAUUUCAGCAGCCAAUGAUAUAUGGAAGGGGACCGGUGCCUGGAGGUAUGCAGAUGGUUCCCAUGGUUCUUCCUGAUGGUCAAAUAGGAUAUGUUCUACAACAGCCUGGAACACAGUUGCCGGCAGUGAGGCCGCCUCGGAGUAACGAGCGUGGUAGCAGCAAUGGCUCACGGGUAGCUCGAGGUCGAGGAGGGAGUGGUGGUGGAAGUGAUGACUCCAAUCGUGGAAGGUAUCGCCCCUACUAAUUUAAGGGAUGUGUGGUGGGAUGCUUAAAUUAUAUGGUAUCUUUACAUGGCCAGAUGGGGUUCCCAUGAAAAUGAGACCCGCCUCUACUCUCACCCCACCGCGCCUUAUUUUCAUCCGAGUUCAUCCUCACUCUUUGGUAGGAAAAAAAUUUAAGUUAUUAGCUUAGAAUGAAGUUGGAGAGAUAUCGUUUUGUUUAUCAUGUUUAUGUAGUUGAUUGUAGUGAAAAACUUGUUUACAAGUUGCUGAUUAUCUCCAAGUAAACUAUCCGUUGUUUCUUUGUUGGAA